AUGGCAGGUGUAGCAAAGGAGGCCGUUGUGCCCAUCGAGGCCGUUCUCCUAGGACUGGCCAUUGUUCUCGUCUCCGCACGCUUAUGGCUUCGUCUGGUGCGACAGCAUCAGAAGCUGACUAUCAGCGAUUGGAUUCUUAUAGUUUCAUUGCUUGAUGCUUCCGCCCUGUUCGCGACCGAUACUAUAGCGUACAAUCUCGGUGGAAUGGACGAAUACGAUACCGACGCUCCCGAGGCUCCCAUUGACGAGCAGAUCUUGUUGAUGAAAGUCACCUUUGCCGGAAACUACUUUUACGACACUGGAAUAUACUUCCCAAAAAUUGCGUUGCUUGCCUUCUACUUCAAGCUGAUUCCGCCGACAAUGCCGAUUCUUCGGAAGGCGCUCUACGGCGUGAGCGCCCUGACGAUUUCUUUCGCAGUGACGACUUUCUUUCUGGAUACAUUCUGGUGUGGUCCUGACGUCUCUGUCAACUGGGAUAUAGAGGGAAACUGCAGUACUUAUGACUCGAAAGAUGUUUUUCGCAUCGAUUGGGCCAUGAACUUUGUGUCAGAUGUGUUGAUUUUCACCAUUCCAUUCCCGCUACUCUUUGGUCUACAAAUCAGCGGCAGAUACAUCAUUGGACUCGCCGCCACUUUUUCGACGGGCAUCAUUACAAUAGGGGCCAGCGUUGGAAGAUUCGCUACUGUGGAAGCCAUCAACGCAUGGACGAACGUCUAUGUGCUCUCAAUGACCGAAAUCACCGCUGCAAUCAUUGUCGUGUCUCUCCCUGCCUUGAAGUCACUUCUUCAUCGCCGAGGGUUGGCUACCUCAAAGUAUGGGACCGGGCAGACUGGGUCAGCAGGGCGGGCAUUUGACAAACAACCAACGAAUUUCAGUCGCAGUCACAUCAAGCUGUCCUCGGGAAGGGAGCCGUAUGUGGCAACAGCGAGAGCAGUUCCUGAGGAGGAGUCAGGGAGCGAGGUGGAGCUGAACAAUCUCGAGGGAUCGAAUAGGAUCUACAAAUCCGCUCGAGUUAGCGUGACAUAUCAACGCCGUGAGGACGUUGACAAGGGUUCGAGUCGUCCGGCGUUCGGGUAG